GAGGGACCUCCUGGGAAACGAAACUGAAACUUUGCCUCUCGGGUCUCAUGGGCAGGACGCGCCCUUACUCUGUCCUGGCUGUGCAGCGCCCCUGAGCCCCGUGCGAGCCAGACACCGACAGCCAUGGCCUCCAGUCCCGACCCGCCGUCCCCGCUACUCGUACGGCUGCGGGAGUCCAUCCCCCGGGCGCACAGGAAGCUAGAGAUAUACUUCCAGAGCCGGGCCUCGGGAGGCGGGGAGUGCUCGGUCCAGCCCGUGGGCCCCAGCGCCCCGGACACCUUCGAGGUGAAGUUCCUAAAAAAAGCAGAUAAGGAGAAGGUAUUGAAAAAGAGAGAUCACCAGAUGUUUGUUGAUGACAAACCUGUGACCAUUGUCCUGGAAACUAUUAAAAAGCCAGUAGAGGACCUGAGACCCAGACCUCCGUCCUUGACACAGCCAGCUGAGACACCCAGCUCCAGACCUCCGUCCUUGACACAGCCAGCUGAAACACCCAGCUCCAGACCUCCAUCCUUGACAGAGUCUCUGAAUGAAGCACUGUGUGAUGAGAUAUAUCCCGGAGAUGAGCUUGUUUUUAACUCUGUUGACUCAGUCGUCCAAAAGGUCUUUCUUGCUGUGACCGCUGAGCUGAACUGUGACCUGCUCUCUAAAGAGCAGAGAGCAUAUAUAACCACUGUCUGCCCUCAUGUCAAAAGCAUGGAGGGUAGAGACGGAAUUAAGAAGGUGUGUGGCAACUUCAAAGAUAUUGAAAAGAUAUAUCAGUUCUUGAGUGCCCAGCUUUUGGAAAGUGAACAGAAACGGAAGUACGCCCCACAGAAAUACAUACCUUCCGAUGUGGAGAGGGAGCCACCCAGUCAGAGCAGUUGUGAAGUUCCUGUACUUCUCCUUGAAUAUUUCAAGCAUGUUUAUCCGGGUAGACUAGAAGCCAUAGAGAAAAAAUUUGGUGUAAACAUUGAAAUCCAAGAGAGUUCUCCCAAUAUGGUCUCUGUAGGCUUCACCUCCAGCCAAUCAGGAAACUUAGAAGAAGCAAGUCGGGCUUUUGUCAGAGACUUUCAGAAAUGCACGCAGUCUCUGAAGCAACAUUGUAUCUCUUUAGAGGAACCCCAGAGAGCAAAGGAGAUCAGACAGGAGCUGAAUCGCUGCUUCCCAAAGCUUUUGAUAAAGGCGCAGGGAAGAAUGCUAACUCUCCUCGGCUUGUCUGCUGACAUUUCAGCCGCCACAGAAAAGGUCUCCCAAACUCUUGUUCUGACACCUGUGAAAGUAACUGCAUCUGGGUACAUGACAGGGAUCGAGGUCGAUUCGACGCGCUUUAAGCUUCUAGAGCCUGAACUGCUCCUGGAAAUAGCAGAGAUCGAGCAGAAGUUUAACACGUGUGGUAGAGUCCUGGAAAAGGGGCAGAAAACCUGCAUUCAAUUUGUCCCCAAGGAUAAAGAGUUAGACCUGUCUGUGCAGUCCUACACAAGUUUUACUGAUGCCUUCCAGCAUGCCACGUGCCAGCUGAGGACAGAAGUUCUGUCACUGAAACAGUUGGGCAAGGAGAGAGCUCGGGUACACAAGACCAAGUUUGCCGACGACUUAAGAAAAAAGCACCCAAACGUGCACUUUGUGAUAUCUCAGGAGUCGGUGACCUUGACUGGUUUGCCUAAUCGCCUCGCGCAGGCAAUGCAGUCUGUCUCCAAAAGAAUGGGACUGUCCUCGUCGUCUGGAGAGAAAUUGGCUAUGGAUCAUGAAACACCCAUGGAGAUCAACAGGAAUGACUCGAAUGUAGCUUUACCUCCUCCUCGAGGCUCUGCAAGCAGCCCUGCAGCCUCGAAGGGGAAGGAGGACGAGGACAACUGUGUCAUCUGCAUGGAUACCAUCAGCAACAAGUAUGUGCUCUCUAAAUGCAAGCAUGAAUUCUGCGCCUCUUGUAUCAGAAAAGCCAUGUCAAUCAAGCCUGUCUGUCCUGUGUGUCUGACUUCCUACGGUGUCCAGAAAGGGAACCAGCCAGAGGGAACCAUGACUCAUGCCACUCAAAAAGAGUCACUUCCGGGUUAUGAAGGCUGUGGUACUAUUGUGAUUCAUUACGAUAUGAAAGGUGGCGUCCAAACAAGUGAGCACCCAAACCCAGGAAAGUCUUAUUAUGGAACACGACGAGUUGCAUACUUGCCUGAUAAUACCGAGGGAAGAAAGGUUUUGGAUCUGCUCCGAGAAGCCUUUAAACACAAGCUGACUUUCACAGUAGGAGACUCUCGAGUAUUAGGAAUCUCAGAUGUCAUUACAUGGAAUGAUAUUCAUCACAAAACAGCCAAGUUUGGAGGACCAGGAAAUUUUGGCUACCCUGAUCCUGAUUACCUGAAACGUGUCAAGGAGGAGCUAAAAUCAAAAGGGAUUGAGUAAGGAAACUGCGGGAAAGAUGUCUAUCCACUUGCAAAAGAAGUGUGUUAGGAGGCUGUGUUAGUACAACCAAAAUCUUUCUCUAGAACUUUAUAACAUUUUUCAUGUGAAGUAGUUUGCUUGCGGGUCAUUUCUAGAGUGCCACUCUUUGAUGGAAGGUGAGCUACAAAGGACAUGGGCUGGGGAAAUGGCUUCAUCUACAGUGUGAAGAAAGGAGCUCAGAUCUGCAUCCCCCAUAGUGUGAUGGGGUGCACUUGUAAUCUUAGCCCUGGUGAGUGGAAACAGGAGGAUUCCUGGAGCUUACUGGACAACUAGUCUAGUCAAAACCAUGAGUUCCAGGUUCACUGAGAGACCUUGUCUCAAGAAAUAAGGUAGAUUGGGACAUGGUGAUGCAUGCCUUUAAUGCCAGAACUUGGAAGACAGAAGUGGGCAAUUCUUGAGUUCCAGACCCAGCCUAGUCUACAGAGCCCAAGUCCUAGGACAGCCAGCUAUACAUAGUGAGACCUUGUCUCAAAACAAAUGUUAGGUAGACAGAAAUAAAGAUAUCUACAUCAUCCUCUGUCCUGCAUACACACCUCCACAGACAUGUGUACAAACACACACACAUAUAUACACACAUACACACUCACACAUAGGGGGACGGGUAGAAAAGAAAACUUUAUAGUUUUGUAGGAUUUCAAUUUUUGCUGAAGAAAUCUGUCAUUCUUGAGUUAUGGCUGGGCUUGUUAGGUGAGUCUGUAACCAUUUUCUAUGUCCUCACUUGAGCCAUUGGCAACUAAUGGAACCUUCCCUGGUCUUUGUUUGUUUAUUUGAGUCAGGGUCUCACUGCCUAGCUCUUCGAUUUGUGGACCAGAUUGGUCUUGAACUUAAAUCUGCCUGUAUCAGCCUCCUGAGUGCUGGCAUUAAAGACACAUGCUACAUUGCAUGUUUUUUAUUUGUUUGAGGGUUUUUUGUUGUUGCUUUUUUUUGUUUUGUUUGGUUUUGUUUGGUUUGGUAUGGGUGUUGGGACUUAAACCGUAGGCCCUUGGUUUGGGUGUUGGGACUUAAACUCUAGGCCAAUGAGUUCCAUUCCAUAAUUUUCUUUUUGUCCAUCUCUGUAGCAAUACAUUAGUUGUUUAUUUUUUAAUCUCUUCCUGAACCCUUGUGUAAAUGGGAAAGUGAAACCCUUGUAUAAAUGUGAAGUUUAAAAACAGGUUUGGCUGGGAAAGACCCAUAUUUCCUCCCCUAUCCAUAGCAAGAAAAGUUUCCAGAAGAUCAGGCAACAAGAAGACUCAUAUUUUUCAGAAUACAGAGUCUAGGAGAGUGUGUGUGGUUACUGCCUGACUGAAGUUGCUAGUAGCUCAGCAGAGGGAUAAAUAUAUUAAAAAAGAAUAUGUUCCCCAAACCUUUGGGAGAGAGAUGACUUGAGACCUUGGCAUUCAUUUGGAAAAUAGUUUCUUACCCCAACAUGUACCGAUUAGACUCUGACUAAGCCUUGAACUUGGGCUCUUCUCUCCCCUUAUCCAUGGAACCUGUUCUAGAGGACGCACUUGCCCUGCCAUACAAGUGCAACAUGUUUCUUACAUUUUUCCCCAUGCAUUAUGUUAUACUUUUUGAAUAUAUACUGUUUCAAGUUUUAAUGGAUAGCCUUGCCUUAGUUUAAUAUUUUACAAUAAUUGUUACCUGCAAUGUAGUAGCUUUUUGGUUUUUAAUCCUUUGAAUCCUGGCAGUCUAUGUUAUCUCUCAUAUAGUCUUUCUAAUCUUUUCCCUGGACAGGAGUAAAACCUACUGUAACGUUAAACCUACUGUAGAGUCUAUAUGGUAUGUCACAGUUCACUAUAAGUGGUUCUUCAAGUCAAAAGGAGAUCACAGCAGACAGUGACCUGGUGACCUGCAUUCCAGCCACUCUCUAAAAUGGUAGAUGACACCUUGACCUUCCUUAAGACAUACAUGCACAUACAUAAAACCAUUUUGGCCAGAUAUUAAUAGCAAAUAUUUAUCAAGUACUUACUCUGUAAGUACUUUACAUUGAUAUGAUCAAUACAGUUAAUAGCCCUAUUUGAACAGAAAACUCAUACACAGAACAUAGUAGUCAAUCACCGAAGAUGAUAUGACCAAUAAGUAGAAGUGCUAACUUUUACUUUCAUCUCCAUUUGUUUUUGUUUUGUUUGUUUGUUUGAGACAGGGGUAUUGUAACCAGACUGGCCUCUCCCUUUGUAGCCAAGACUAUUGUUGAACUCUGACCCUCUUGCCUCACCUCCUGCCCAAGUUCUUGCAUGUAUCCUAGGCAGAUCUCUCAGGAUCUGCUUCCAAAGCCUUCCAAGUGCAAGGCCUGCACCACCAUGCCUGACUUCUGCAUCCAGUUUAGACCUUUUCCCUUUUCAUGAUUCACCACGUGUUUAUCAUUAAGACUAACUGAUCAUUUUCUGUCCUCUAAUCUUGUAAUUAAAUUUACUCUAUAGAAGCAGAAAAUACAGUUUCUGUUAAGUUCUGGGUCUUUUAUUUCAUCCAGUGUGUAUAUGCAAAUUCCAUGUGGUCUGAGUGCUUAUUGGCAUUUGGAUUGUUUUUUCUUUUGCAAGAUGUUAUUAUCUGAAUUUUAAAAAAAUUAAAAAAUUAAAUUAUGUACAACAGA